UAAAAGAUGGUUUCUGUAUUACGUUCACCUCAUUAUCAACACCCAGAGCCAUCAAAUCGAUCUAGAAAAGUUGCCUAACUACAAUGACCUCUAUUAGUACCGGAAACUGUUUGCGUGGCGUAUGCGCCCACUCCUAUACCGGCGAGCUAGUCGUAAGGCCAUCUGUCAUUGCAAUCCUUGCCGCAAGGUUUCGGGCGGAACGAAUACGAUCAACUUUGCGGUCCCGGACUGGAAUUUCACCCUUACAAAAGGGAGGUAUUGAUGCGGAAUUCUAUACUCCGAAUAGGGCAUCUUGACUGGUUCCUCUUCCUAGUACUGCAUAGAGGUCGCAGUUCCAAGAGUCGAAGCACGAAAGCACGGGACAAGUCCGCCGCUGUAUUAGAUAUCACAUCCUGCCUGGGCUUGCCG